AUGGUCUUGCGGAAACAGGCACCGUAUGAUGCUGCAUGCGGUGAUUUCGACAUUGAGCAUGUCAUCCAGAAUGCGUCGGUCACAGAGAAGAUAUCAUUACUCUCUGGCAAGGACUUUUGGCACACAAACCCGCUACCCAGAUUCAACGUUCCCUCUAUCAGGGUGAGCGAUGGGCCAAACGGGGUGCGAGGGACCAAGUUCUUCGACGGCGUACCGGCGGCAUGCUUGCCAUGUGGUACUGGCCUGGCGGCGACUUGGGACCAGGAUCUCCUAUACCAAGCUGGCGUUCUGAUCGGCAAGGAGUGCGUCGCAAAGGGCGCUCAUUCCUGGCUGGGCCCAACUGUCUGUAUCCAGCGCUCUCCACUGGGUGGCCGCGGCUUUGAGUCGAUGGCAGAGGAUCCCUAUGCAACAGGCAAAUUGGCUGCUGCAUACAUCAAAGGCGUGCAGUCGACAGGCGUUAUUUCCGUCAUCAAGCACUGGCUUGCCAAUGACCAAGAGCACGAACGCGUUGCGGUCGAUGCCGUCGUCAGUGAGCGUGCGCUGCGAGAGGUCCAUAUGCUUCCCUUCCAAAUUGCCAUUGCCGAGGCCGGACCAGGGGGGGUCAUGUCUUGCUACAACAGAGUCAACGGAAAGCACGUCUCAGAGAACAGAGAAUUUCUAGACGGCCUCCUGCGUGAGGACUGGAAGUGGAAGGGCCUCAUCAUGAGUGAUUGGUUUGGCACGUACUCCACCGCCGAGGCUCUAAACGCAGGUCUAGAUCUGGAAAUGCCGGGGCCAUCCAGACAACGAGGACAGCUGGCAGAUCUUGCUGUAUCGACUCGAAAGGUGUCACGGGCUACCAUCGACGCCCGCGCGCGCAACGUCCUCGAGUUCGUUCAAAGAGCCAAGGAUGUCGUUGUCGCUGCGGAAGAGAGCGGCAGAGAUUUUCCUGAAGACAGGCAACUCAAUCGAAAGCUGGCCAGCGACAGCGUCGUCCUACUCCAAAAUGCGGGUGGACUUCUGCCCUUGACUCGGCCUUUCAAAAGCAUUGCAUUGAUCGGUCCCAACAUGAAGAACACGGCGUUUUGUGGAGGCGGUUCCGCCUUUCUUCAGCCUUACUACACUGUCUCUCCCUUCGAGGGGAUUGUGAACCAGCUGCCACCCGAUGUUGCCGUCGAAUAUGAGGUUGGGGCGUCUGCGAACGGAUGGAACCCUACACUGCAAGCUUCAGAAGUAACAACGCCAGAUGGCCGCCCCGGUCUUCGAGUUCGCUUCUACCGGGAACCCCCCUCGAUCCCCGACCGGGAAGUAAUCGACGAGAACAUUGUGUCUGAUUCUUCAUGGGAACUAAUGGGCUACUCGCAUGCAAAACUGGAGAGACUUUUUUAUGCAGAGGUCGAGGGCGAGUUUGUUGCCCAAAGCACUGGCAGGUUCGAGUUUGGCAUGGCCAUUUACGGCUCUGGAAAGCUAUACAUCGACGAUCAAUUAUUGAUCGACAACAGCACCGUACAGCGCGGUGGUACAUUCUUCUUUGGAAAGGGAACCCUCGAGGAAAAGGCCCAGAUUGACCUCGUCGGGGGGCAGACGUAUAGGAUCAAAGUCGAGUUCGAAAGCGCGCCCUCCUCCAAGCUUAUCAAGCCCGGCGUUGUCAACUUCGGCGGCGGCGCAGGAAGACUUGGUCUCGUUGAGGUCAUCGACCCAGAUGUCGCAAUUGGCAAAGCCGUGUCUGCCGCGAGCCGAGCCGACGUCGCAAUCUUGUGCGUCGGUUUGACACGAGAUCAAGAAUCCGAGGGCUUUGACCGUCCGCACAUGGAGCUUCCCGGAGUACUUCCCCGCCUCAUCGCCGCCGUGCUGGCCGCUGCUCCCGACACAAUCAUCGUGACCCAGAGCGGUACGCCGUUCAGCAUGUUGCCUUGGGCUGACAGUGUGAAGACACACCUACACGCAUGGCUGGCUGGCAAUGAGACUGGAAAUGGCAUUGCGGACAUAAUAUUCGGCAGGACAUGUCCCAGUGGAAAGCUACCGCUCUCGUUCCCACGUCGUAUUGAGGACACGCCCACAUACCUCAACUUUGGAAGUGAAAGGGGGCGUGUCGUUUAUGGCGAGGGCAUCUACGUCGGAUAUCGAUAUUACGAAAAGGUGGAUAGAGCCGUACUCUAUCCUUUCGGCCAUGGUCUUUCAUAUACCACCUUUGUCUACGCCAAUCUGGCGGUGACUGCCUCACAAGUAACUCUAGACGUGACAAACUCGGGCUCAGUGGCUGGUUCAGAGGCCGUUCAGCUUUACAUUGCUGCCGACGAGGCCACGUUGUCUAUCAGACGGCCGAAGAAGGAACUCAAGGGAUUCAACAAAGUUCAUCUGCAGCCCGGGGAAACGCGACGCGUAGAAAUAGCCUUGGAUCGAUUUGCAACAGCGUUCUGGGACGAGGAGCUUUCUUGUUGGGUGUGCGAGAAGGGAGUGUACAAGAUCUUGGUUGGAUCGAGCAGCCAAAAGAUUCACCUGCAGGUGGAGUUGACGUUGAAAGAGACGACAAUGUGGUCUGGUCUGUGA